ACUGGGAGCCAAUGGAGGGAUUGGCAGAGGAGUGGAGGAUACUGAGUGGAGGGAUUGGCAGAGAGGAGUGGAGGACACUGACUGGAGGUCAGUGGACGGAUUGGCAGAGAGGGGUGGCAGACACUGAGUGGAGGGAUUGGCAGAGAGGGGUGGAGGACACUGAGUGGAGGCCAGUGGAGGGAUUGGUAGAGAGGGGUGGAGGACACUGAAUGGAGGCCUAGUGGAGGGAUUGGCAGAGAGAGGGGGUGGAGGCCAGUGGAGGGAUUGGCAGAGAGGGGUGGAGGACAGUGUAGGGAUUGGCAU